AUGCCAUCAACAACAAACCCUCCACGCACAACAUCCACCACACACACCCGCCCAAAACGCAAACCCUCCAUCCCCAUCCCCAUCUCCCCCCUCUUCCCCAACCUUCCAGUCUUCCCCCGCGAUUUCGCCCGCGAGAAACGGACCUUCACAACUACCAUCAUACUCCUUGCGUUGGGGUUCCUGUUGUUUGUGCAGUGGAGUGUUUAUGGAGGGUUCGGAACGGCAAGGGAAGAGAGAAUGGGGGAGAGGGUUUGGGUUGGUGGUGUGGGGGAAAAGGGAGUUAAUGAGGGGGGAGGGAAAGGAGGGAAAGGAGGGGAGGGGGUUGAGAGGGGAAAUGUGGGAGAGGGGAUUGUAUAUGUUGAGAUGUUGGAGUUUAGGGUUGGGGUUGAGUUGGAGAGGAUUGAGUUUGUGAGUUUGAGUUUUUACUGCGCCUUCUGUUUUCUUUCCUUUUCCUAUCCUUUGGUGUUUUUGUUUUUUUCUGAAGUGUUGUAAAGCAUUGAUUGUGUUGAUGAGGGGGUUAUGAGUUUAUUCCUUGUCUGGGAUGUCGGUCAGCGAGGAAAGGUGAACUGAAUCAAUUACUAACUCUUCCAGUACUGCAACCGCUUCCUCGCGCUCCAAGAGAAAUCCAUGAAACCCGCAGAUGGAAAUGGUGUCCCGUAUAAGUAUAUCAAGUCGAUUAAAGGGGGGAGGAAUAUGGGGAAUGUUACGGGGGAUUUGCAGGUAUAGAUUUCUUCCCUCCCAUAUUCCCUAGAUCCUGACUUCCCCUCCCAUCUCACCUUCCCACCCCUCGCAAUAAAUCACCAUGCUGAUCGGUAUCGUGUAAAGCAUCCCCACACGCACAUCUUCAUCCUCGAAUUCCACACCCCCGACGAAAAAACGUAUUACCUUGAACAAGAUCCCGCGCGCAGGGAUUUCGAGAAGAGUAUUGAGGAUAUGCUGAGGGAUCGGGUGGUGGUUGAUUUUGUGCCUGGGGAAUGGGGGACGCCGAGGAUGGGGGAGAGGGGGGGGAGUGUGUUGUGA